AUGAAACUUCUCGUUGUGAUUUUGAUGGUUUUAGCCAUCCUCAUGGUAGCACCUGCUGCAGGUUACAACUUCCCAACUAUGAGGAAAAGACAAGUCGAUAUGAGAUCAUUCAGCUUAUAUGAUUUCCCAGACGACUAUUACAAUGCUCAGCAGGAAGCUCAACGUCAACACUACAUCAACCCGAAGCCAAACUACGUGACCGCCUUCUAUCCAUCCUACGACUUUGGACGUCGUUAA